AAAUCUAAACUCACUAAAUAUAUAUAUCGCAUAAAACCCUAGCUCAUUUCUUUAUCCUCCUCACUCCUUUAGGGUUUUCGAACAGGAGAGGCAGCGCAGCUAUCCAAGCAGAAACAAUGGCUAUUCCUUUGCUGACGAAGAAGAUCGUGAAGAAGCGGGUCAAGAAGUUCAAGAGGCCCCAAAGUGACCGCAAGAUUUCUGUCAAGACAAACUGGAGGAGGCCCAAGGGUAUUGAUUCAAGGGUCAGGAGAAAGUUCAAAGGAUGCACUUUGAUGCCAAACAUUGGUUAUGGCUCCGACAAGAAAACUCGACACUAUCUCCCCAAUGGGUUUAAAAAGUUUGUUGUGCACAACGUGGGGGAGCUUGAAGUCCUGAUGAUGCAUAACAGAACUUACUGUGCUGAGAUCGCCCACAACGUAUCAACCCGGAAGAGGAAGGAGAUUGUUGAGCGGGCAGCACAGUUGGAUGUUGUUGUCACCAACAAACUUGCUAGGUUGCGCAGCCAGGAGGACGAGUAAAAUUUGGUUCUAUGUUAUGUCUUGUUUUGCUUUUGCUAAGAUACUCCCCUUGCACUAGGCAGUUUCAGCACCUCGAGUUGACUGUUUUUAUGAUUAUAUUGUCUUUUGAUCGGAGGCCUUUAAUUUUGAAUCAAAACAGUUCAGUUUUCUAUAAA